ACAAGUCGUCCUCAGACCAAGCAAAUAGCAUGACAUAUAUCACAUUCUUCCCCAUCCGCCCUCUGUUAUGCUCACAAUUUUUUAAAAUUUAACUUAUUUAAUUUUAUUUGUGUCCCCGUCCAGUCAACUAAAUCUAUAUUAUAACUUUUUCUAAAAAAAUGUAAAUUCUACCAGCAAACCCCCCCCCCCCCCCUGGAUUGCUUUCACCUGCAAGAAACUCUUCCCAAAAUUUUUCUUUAUUCUUUGUCAAGUCAUCUGCCCGAAGAUCAUAGCAGAAAAGACGCUCAAUUAUACCAGAAUGGAUGUUAGGUUGCUAGAGGCAGCUCAAACAGGAGAUGUAGACUACUUGCAGCUAUUACUUGUGGAAAAUCCACUCAUUCUUGACAAUAUAGCACUGUUUUCAUCAGAAAAUCCCAUUCACACUGCCUCCAUUGCUGGGCAUCUUGACUUUGUUAAAGAGAUCUUGAGGCUGAGACCAGGAUUUGCCAAAGAAAUAAACCAAGAUGGUUUGAGUCCCAUGCAUAUGGCAGCGGCCAAUGGGCAUGUAGAGAUUUUAAGGGAGCUGAUGAAAGUUGACUGCAGACUCUGCCGUUCACAGGGAAAAGAGAAGAAGACUCCUCUUCACUGUGCAGCUAUCAAGGGGAGGGCCGAGAUAAUCAGUGUCAUGCUUUUGUGUUGUCCUGAUAGUAUUGAAGACAAAACUGUUCAAGGAGAGACUGCUCUGCACCUGGCUGUUAAGAGAAACCAGUUUCAAGCCGUAAAUGUAUUGUUGGAUAAUAUCAGAGAAAAGAACAGGGGAGAUUUGUUGAGCUUGAAGGAUGAAUUAGGCAACACGGUUCUGCACCUUGCAGCCUGGAAAAGACAGCGUCAGGUGAUAGAGUUGUUACUUGGUUCUGGCACUACUAACUCGGGCAUUUUGGAAGUGAAUGCCAAAACCAACAGUGGCCUUACUGCACUUGAUUUGCUAUUGAUUUUCCCAAGUGAGGCAGGUGACACAGAAAUCACAGAGAUCCUUCGGAGUGCUGGAGCUAUGCGAGCAAAGGACAUUAGCCAUCCUGCCAUUUCCUCAUUUCAAUCUGUCAAUCAGAACUCAGCAUUCUCAACACUAGAGAUAUGUCAAACAGAACAACCAAAAAACUUGGUGGAUUACUUCAAGUUUCAAAAGGGUAGAGACUCUCCGAGUGAGGCUCGGAGUGCACUAUUAGUUAUUGCGGUUCUAGUAGCAACUGCAACAUUUCAAGUCGGAGUUAACCCUCCGGGUGGUGUUUGGCAAGACAGUUAUAUACCAGAUCAAAGUAACAGCAAAGCCAUCAUCACAAAAGCACAUUAUGCAGGGGAAUCAAUUUUAGCAACAGCUAGUCCAAUUGCAUUUGCACUUUUUGUGCUUUUCAACUCCAUAGGGUUAUCAGUAUCUCUUUUUAUGAUUCACAUACUCACCAGUAGGUUCCCCUUGCAAUUUGAAUUACAAAUGUGCAUAGUUGCAUUGUAUUUUACUUACAACACUGCAUUAAUAAACAUGUCACCGGAUGAAGUGAAGCUCUAUGUCGUUUUGGUGACUGUAAUCCCAUCUUCACUCACAGCAGUUAUAGCCAAAGCUAUAAGAAUACAUGCAAAGAAGAUGGCAGAGUUUGUGUUGGCCAGGAUUCGUCGUGUCCCUUGAAUAUUGAUGAGUUCUAGGAAAAAAAAGAAAGAGAAAAAGGAAAGAGGGGGAAUGUAUAACCCUCUUGAAAUGUGACAUGUAAAGGAUUACCUCUGUAAUAAAAGAAUUCAUCUGACUGUAUAAAGAAAGGUUCCUGUUUCC